UGCCAACCACGUCACUUGGUCAAUUUUUUACGCCGCUCUAAAAAUGUGAAUUUUGUUUGAUUAUAUGCCGAUUUUUGUUGCUCACAUAAAAUAACGUUCAAAAAUGAAGUUUGGUGAUGUUUUACGUCGUUUGGAUGCGUAUCCUCGCACUCUGGAUGACUUCAGCGUACGUACAGUGGGAGGCGCUGCCGUUACUAUAAUAAGCAGCAGCAUUAUAGCACUGCUUAUCUUUUUGGAGUUUGUGAACUACAUGCAGCCCACAUUAAAUGAAGAACUAUUUGUGGACACCACACGUGGACACAAGCUGCGUAUUAAUCUGGACGUCACACUGCAUAAUCUGGCUUGCAAUUAUAUAUCGCUAGAUGCAAUGGACUCUUCGGGUGAUACACAUCUGCGCGUGGACCAUGAUGUAUUUAAGCAUCGCCUGGAUUUACAGGGGGAACCUCUAAAGGAAACGGAACCUAUUAAAGAAAUUGUGGCGGUAUCACCAGCCAAUAAGAACAUCACCUGUGGAAGCUGCUACGGUGCAGAACACAACUCCACACACUGCUGCAACACUUGCGAGGAGGUUUUGGACGCUUACCGCAUUCGCAAGUGGAACAUGCAGGUGGACAAGAUUGAGCAAUGCAAAGGCAAAUACAAGCGGAGCGAUGAGGAUGCCUUCAAGGAGGGCUGUCGCAUACAAGGUCAUCUAGAAGUGAAUCGGAUGGCUGGCAGCUUUCACUUUGCGCCUGGCAAAAGCUUUUCUAUACGACAGUUCCAUAUACACGACUUUCAGUUCACUAAUGUGAAGCUUUCACAUACUAUAAAUCAUCUAUCCUUUGGAGAGAAAAUAGAAUUUGCCAAGACGCACCCUCUAGAUGGUCUGCGCGUUGACGUGGAGGAAUCCAAAAGUGAAAUGUUUAAUUAUUAUUUAAAAAUAGUACCUACUUUGUAUGAGCGUAAUCGCGAUGGCCAGCCUAUAUACACAAAUCAGUUUUCUGCCACACGCCAUCGCAAGGACCUCACAGAUCGCGAACGUGGCAUGCCUGGUAUAUUCUUUAGCUAUGAACUGUCCCCGCUCAUGGUUAAAUAUGCGGAGAAGCGCAACUCAUUUGGUCACUUUGCAACAAAUUGUUGCUCAAUUAUUGGCGGCGUAUUCACUGUCGCUGGCAUUUGUGCUGUGCUGCUCAACAACUCCUGGGAAGCAAUACAACGCAAACUGGAAGUUGGCAAAUUAAGUUAGCGCUGCAUUUUUUAGAAU